AAACCAGUUGGUAAGAUAGGAGAAGGAACGUUUUCUUACGUUCUGAAGACACUGAGUCUUAGCGAUGGCAAGUACUAUGCGUGUAAACGCAUGAAGCAACAUUUUGAAAGUAUGGAACAAGUGAAUAAGCUGAGAGAAGUACGAGCACUAAGGAGGCUGAGUCCGCAUCCUAAUAUCCUUAUGUUACAUGACAUUGUUUUUGAUAAAAAAGCUGGCUCCCUUUCACUGAUAUGUGAACUUAUGGACAUGAAUAUUUAUGAGCUGAUAAAAGGAAGGAGAAAGCCAUUACCUGAAAAAAAAAUUAAGAAUUACAUGUACCAGUUAUGCACAUCUCUUGAUUACAUACAUAGAAAUGGGAUAUUUCACAGGGAUGUGAAACCAGAAAACAUAUUAAUAAAGCAGAAUACCCUGAAGUUAGGAGAUUUUGGAUCUUGUAGGAGUAUCUAUUCUAAGCAGCCACAUACGGAAUAUAUCUCCACACGCUGGUACAGAGCACCUGAAUGCUUGCUUACCAAUGGCUACUAUAGUUACAAAAUUGAUAUGUGGAGUGCUGGCUGUGUUUUCUAUGAAAUCGCAAGUUUUCAGCCUCUCUUUCCUGGAUCUAAUGAGCUGGACCAAAUUUCAAAAAUCCAUGAUGUUAUAGGCACUCCUGCUAACAGAACUCUCAACAAGCUGAAGCAGUCAAGAAUUGCAAGCUUUUCUUUUCCCUUUAAAAAAGGAAAAGGAAUACCUCCUCUCGUGCACAAUUUGUCUCCCAAAGGCAUCUCUCUCCUGUAUGCAAUGAUAAAAUAUGAUCCUGAUGAGAGAAUUGCUGCCCAUCAAGCAUUACAGCACCUUUAUUUUCAAGAACUCUGGGCAGCUGAUACACAAGCUUUGGCCAUGCAGAAAAAAUUAAGAUUACUAGGAAACACAUCACAGCAAGUACCUCUGCACUGGUGGCAAAUUUCAAAGGAAAGUCAAAGACAGCAUCCUCUUAGGAAAGUCCAGGAAAAAACAAAACAACAACAUGGACCUCCUCGUGAAGAAUUACCAAAAUUAAACCUUUCUGGAGUAGCCAAACUGACUUCCUGUCCUUCUCCUACGCUGCAUUCAGUGCUCUGGGCACCGAAGGAAAGUGGUGCAGCCCCUGCGUUCCAGUCUGUUAGAUUUACUGGAUCAAAUGCUGAGGUACCGACUCCGACUUGCUCAUUAAAAUGUAAUAGCGAAAUGUUUUACAGAGUGGAUUUCAAACUUCCAUUGUUUCCUCAACAGUAUGAGAAACAGAAGGCACUUAAGUCUUCCCCGAAACAUUUCCACUUACCUGCUAUAGAACGAAGAGGAGGAGGUUACUGA